AUGGAGGGCCAGGUCCUGCAACUGGCGGCAGCCCUGGUGCUGGCCGCCGUGGGCUGCCUGCUGGUGCGCAGAGUGGCCCGAUGGGCUGCCACUCUGCGCGCCCUGUCCAAGCUGCCCCGCCCUGAAAUGUCCAUAGUAGGGUGCAUGGACAUGAUGGCUGAUCCCGACCAUAUAUCGCAUACAUUCACGCGGUUUGCCAACGAGCUGGGGGAUAUCUUCUAUGUACGAGUGCUUCAUGUCCCCAUGGUGAUCGUGGCCGACCCGGCGCUCUGGCAGGCGGCGCUGGCGCCCGGCAUCGACCUGCCCAAAGGCAGGAGCGUGUAUGGAAUCAUCGAUCAGAUGACCAGCCCCGGCGGGCGGCACCCCAACCUGCUGGGCCACCACACGCACACCGGCUACUGGCGGCUGGUCCGCAAGGGCGUGGCCCCGGCCUUUAAUCCCAGGAACAUCAGGGGCGUGUUCCCGCACGUGCUGGACCUGACCGAGCAGCUGACUGCGGUACUGUACCGUGCGGGACCACAGCAGUACCUGGACGUCGACAACCUGCUGCAGCGGGAAUCUCUGGACGUCAUCGCCCGCAUCGGCUUCGCCACCAACUUUGGAGCCAUCCAGUCGUUCCAAAUGCCCGGGGAGUCUGCCCAGCAGCAGCAGCAGCAGCAGCAGCAGCAGCAGCAGCAGCAGCAGGGGCAGGGAGGCGGCGGUGGCGGUGGCGUCACGACAGCGGCAACGCCGGCAGCAGCGGCGCAGCAGCAGCAGCGCGCCAGCAGCAGCGCGGCAGUGGGAGGGGCCGCCGGGAUCGACAACGGCAUAUUUGGCGUCAUGGCUGCGGCGGGGGCGGAAGUGGUGGCGCGCCUGUCCAACCCCAUGCGCUUCCUGCUGCGGCAUGUGACGCCGGGCUGCCGCAAGGGAGAGGCCAAUCUGAGGGAGAUGCAGGCGCGCAUGCGGGCGUUGCUUGGCGACAUCAAGGCGAGGGGGGCUCCUCAGGAGGGCGACACAUCCAUCGCCGCCCACCUGCUGCGCCUGCGCGACCCCGGCACAGGCAAGGCGGGAGGGCGCGUGAGGCUGGGGAGCGGGCCCCUUCCGGACGAGCGCCUGGCUGCCGAGAUCGGCCUGUUCUUCUUCGCCGGCUUUGAGACCACGGGGCACUCCAUGGGAUGGACCCUGUUCUGUGUGGCGCAGCACCCAGAGGUGGAGGGCAAGAUCUGCGCAGAGCUGGAUGGGCUGGGCCUGCUGGUGACCCCCAGCCGCCCCCGCCCGCGCCAGCUGGAGUAUGCUGACCUGUCGCAGCUCAAGUACCUGGGCAUGGAGGCGAUGCGGCUGGUGCCCGUCAGCGGCGGCACGGUGCGGGUGUCCCCGGACCGCCCGCUGCGGCUGGGCGGCCACACCAUUCCCGCGGGGGUGGAGAUUCUGCUGGCAGUGCAUGCCCUCAUGAACUGUGAGCGCUACUGGGACCGCCCCUCCGAGUUCCUCCCAGAAAGGUGGGAAGAGGACCAGGCAGAGUACUGGCUGGGCGACGCCCCCGGCAAGGGGCCCGCCAAGCAGCAGGCGGGGGUGGCAGCGGCGGCAGGUGCAGCAGCAGACGGCUUCCAGCUGGUGGACGACGAGGAGGCUCUGCGGGUGGACGCCGCCCGCCCUCCCAAGCGCUUCCUGCCUUUCAGCGCCGGCUUCCGCAACUGCAUCGGGCAGGUGUGGUCUGUGCAGAACCUGGCCAAGAUGAACCUGCAUGCCACGCUGGCAGUGCUGCUUUCGCGCUUCUCCUUCCAGCUGGGUGGGUGUGACCCUGGGGCGCCUGCCACCUGGCACUGCGCGCUGCCGCGCCUGUGGGUGGCAGCACAUCUACGGGGCCCCGGAGCGCUGUGGGAGAUCCACGCCAAUCGGCUGACGAUGCAGCCAAAGGACGGGCUGCCCAUGCGAUGCAUCCCCCGGGCCCGCGGCGACGGCCCAGCGGUAUAG